AUGACGGCUGCGGCACGGUCCAGUCGACUCCGCCCUGGCGGAUACCAGCGUGUACCUGAAUGGGAGUUGGGACAACGUCAAGGCCAGAGCCAGAAUCCACGCCAGCAGCGGUAUCAGGACACGCCCGCCGGUCCGAGCGACCAGUAUACCGGCCGUCAGCUUCCAGAGAAGCCCCUGCCCGCCCUACCACCGCCGUCUGCACCCAUGCUCAUGAGCCCCGGCCCCGGGACAACUGUCGGCCUCGCCGGUCGCCGGCGCCCCGCCAUGAUCUUCUGGUGUGCCCUCGCUGGAUGCCUCCUCGCCGGCCUCGUGCUCGAGCUCGCCUGGCACGGCACAAGGGCACCACCGCUUGGCCGGUUUGCCGAGUGCCUCAACGGUGGUGGCGGUGGCGUCAACAAGACAUCGGCUGAUGUACCGCAGUACUUCCAGACAUCGCCGCAGCUGUGGGCCGGCCCGACUGCAACGGGGCGAGCCCCCUUCCUGGCGCAAACCCGUGUUGUGCCCACUGGAAGCUUCGUUCCCAACAGCCCGCUCCAGACAGCCAUGCCGAUCGAGGGCAUGGCGACGCAGGAUGAGGGCUUGUUCAGGUUGAUGGGCUACCUUGCGCCCUAUGAGCCCUCGCCCGGAUUCGGCGUCGACGAGUAUGGCCUACCGGAGGGUGCCGAGAUUGUGCAGCUGCAAAUGCUGUCGAGGCAUGGUUCGCGGUAUCCGACGCUGAACUCGAGCGUCACCGGCCUCGGUGACCGGCUCAAGGCCGCUGCGGGCAAGGUCAAAGCAAAAGGGGCACUUGAGUUCCUCAACCGCUGGACCUACGAGCUUGGUCAUGAGAUAUUGGUACCAAAGGGACGAUCAGAGUUAUUCGAGUCUGGUGUGUUGCAUUCGUACAUGUAUUCACAGCUGUACAACACGAACAGCAAGAUCAUUGUUCGCACCACGGACCGUAUGCUCAAGUCUGCUGAGUACUUUCUUGCGGGGUUCUUCGGGCUCGAGUGGACCAACAACGCAACGAUCGAGGUAAUCAUCGAACAGAGUGGCUUCAAUAACUCACUGGCUGGCUAUCUCAAUUGUCCCAACGCCUGGAAGCAUCAAGUUGGGACCGAGGCUUCGCUGGACUGGCAGUCGCGCUACCUAGCGAACGAAUCAGCCACCACUCGCCUUCAAGGGCUUAUCGAGGGAUACGAUUGGACCAUUGAGGAUACGUACGCUGCGCAGACAAUGUGCCCAUACGAGACGGUUGCCUACGGUUAUAGCCGCUGGUGCGAGCUCUUCACCUACGAAGAAUGGCUCGGCUUCUCCUACGCCGUGGACCUCGCCUUUUCAGGCAACAAUAUGUUCCACAACCCCACCGGUCGUGCCGUCGGUCUCGGCUACCAGCAAGAAGUUAUCGCCCGCCUCAAGAACCAUACCCUUGGCUAUUCCGGGUCCCAGAUCAACACGACCCUCGAUUCCUCGGAAGAGACCUUUCCCUUGAAUCAGAGCCUUUACCUUGACUUCUCGCACGACACGAACAUCGCCUCGAUUCUCACGGCCUUCGGACUUACGCAAUUCGCCGGCCCCCUUCCGCGCGAUAAGCUGCCUGAGACGCACAAUCUCACAGUCUCUCACCUGACGCCCUUUGCUGCGAGGCUCGAUAUUGAGAUCAUCCGUGCGCCUAAGCCCGUCAAGGCUGACCGCUCAGGAUACGCUGAUAAGGGUGGGGAGACAAAGUACGUGCACUUCGUGCUGAACCAGCGGACGGUACCGCUGGGUGUGAGCUUCGAGGACUGCGACGUGGGGCGUGUGGACGGAUGGUGUGAGUUCGAGACGUUUUUGGAAGUACAAGACAAGAUGGAGAAGUUGGCAGACUUUGAUCGGGCCUGCUUUGGAGAGGUGCCGCAACGGCCGUUUGGCGAGGUGAAUGAUGGGAGGCCUGUAUGA